AUGGCUCGAUGCCUAAAUUCAUACGCUCAGAAAGUCAUGCAUGAAGAGCAUUACGAAGAAGACGUUGAUGACGAAGACUUGGAUGAUGACGAUGUUGAUGGGUAUGAAGGACUCAGUGACUACGAUGAAGAUGACAUACCUGGAUCCUCUGGCUACGGAAGCCACAGUUUUGGUAAUACUGGGAGUGAGGGCAAAAGUGCUGACUUGCGGCGCCAGAGAUCUAUUAGCGAAGGUGGUGCUGUGUACUGUGUCGAGGCUGGUGAAGACAACAGACGGGAUCAUCACAACCAACUUGAACGUAAAAGACGUGCAAGCAUCAAAACAAGUUAUAAUGACCUUCGAGAAGUUAUCCCGGGUUUACGAGGAUCGAAAGCAUCUAGGGCAGUUAUACUACAGCGCGCAGUUGAGUGCAUCGAAGAGUUGGUCAAAUUGAAUCGUGACCAUACUGUUUGUGUUGAAACGCUGAAACGUCAGAACGACCUGUUGGAUUCUCGAGUUCAAGAGCUCCAACGUUUGGUGCAGCGAAUGGAUGGCGAAGAAGCGUGCAACACUCCAACUUCAAGUUCUUUUGCUAACACUAUUUCUCCGAAUAAUAAUGUCGCCCUUCGAUUAAUAUCACCAACAGCUUCGGGUGUCCCAAUGUAUCGCUGUAUGUCUCAAGAUCCACUCCAGUCAUCUACAUCAACAGAAUGUCCCGGAACUGCUUCUGGUACAGAAUAUGUGUCGUCUAGUCAUCCAUCUGUUCUUCAGUCACAAAAACCUGUUCUAUGCACUAUGGCAAAUUAUUCUCCUUCUGCGCUUGGCCGUGCUAACACAGUAAUGCAUUUCGUCACUAACACGAGUGCCAUAAAUUCAAUCGGGGGACUGGCGACCGACAGCAACACCACGAGCCUAGUUUCUAGUUCACAUUCUGCAUUUUCCCCUUCUGUUUCCUCGUCUGAUGGAUCCAGUACUGGGCCUGCACGAUCCCUCUCCCAGCGGUCUAGUCCUGUUUUGUAG